GAAAUGCUAUUCCAACGGGGCACAUCGUCUCAUCAGCUAGGCUAGCUUGUUGGAGUGGGAGGAGGUAGCAAGGAUUCCUCGUUAUCAUUUGGACGCUUUUAAUAUUGCUUAGAGGACAUAAGAAGAGGUGGUCAUCAGCAAUCAGGUCUACAGAGAAGUAUCAGAGCCCUUGAAGUUGUCAGCUUUGAUGCAGUACAGUGUACUGAGUGCAAGAUGACGGAAGAGGUGAUUGUCAUCGCCAAGUUCGACUACAUGGCCCAGCAGGACCAGGAGCUGGACAUAAAGAAAAACGAGCGCCUCUGGCUCCUUGACGACUCCAAAUCCUGGUGGAGGGUUCGAAAUGCCACCAACAAAACAGGCUUUGUGCCGUCCAACUAUGUGGAGAGGAAAAACAGUGCCAGGAAAGCUUCUAUUGUCAAGAAUCUCAAAGACACGCUUGGAAUUGGGAAGGUGAAGAGCAGAAAGGGGGGGAUGAGAGACACGGCCUCCAACGCAGACCCAGAAAUGGGCCCCGACGGCGAGCGACUGUACGACCUCAACCUGCCCGCCUUGGUCAAGUUCAGCUACACAGCAGAGCGCGAGGACGAGCUGUCUCUGGUGAAAGGCACGCGGGUCAUAGUGAUGGAGAAGUGCAGCGACGGCUGGUGGCGCGGCAGCUACAGCGGACGGUCUGGCUGGUUUCCGUCCAACUACGUGACGGAAGACAUGGAUGGGACGGCGGGGGGAGUGGGCAUGGGCGGGCUCGGGGACCCGGCCGGAUCGCUAACGGAGAAGCUGGCGGCCGUAGUGAACAGCACCACUAACGGGAACAGGGUGCUGCACACGGUCCAGGCUCUCUACCCUUUCAGCUCAGGCAACGACGAGGAGCUUAACUUUGAGAAAGGCGAGGUGAUGGAGGUGGUGGAGAAGCCCGAGAACGACCCCGAGUGGUGGAAGUGUCGCAAAGCAGACGGACAACUGGGCUUGGUGCCUAAAAACUACGUCACUGUGCUGGACUCCACCGCCCAUAAAUCCGCAGCAGGGCCUGCUGGGCCGCCCACACCCGACUGUGACUACAUCUCGCCCUCAGGCAUCGGGCGCUUCGCGGGGAAGGAGUGGUACUACGGGAAGGUGACACGCCACCAGGCGGAGGUGGCCCUCAACCAGAGGGGUGUAGAGGGGGACUUCCUCAUCCGGGACAGCGAGUCAUCGCCAAACGACUUCUCCAUCUCCCUGAAGGCGCAGAGUAAGAACAAGCAUUUCAAAGUGCAGCUGAAAGAAAACCUUUACUGCAUUGGACAGCGCAAGUUCAACUCUAUGGAGGAGCUUGUGGAACACUACAAAAAGGCCCCCAUCUUUACCAGUGAGCAGGGAGACAAACUGUACCUGAUCAAGGCCCUGGCUGCUUCUUGAUCCCUCUGUGUUACACACACACACACACACACACACACACACACACACACACACACACACACACACACACACACACACACACACACACUUCCACGCAGACACACAAUUCAACGCAGACACACACACACCUAUACAUUAACUGCAUCCCUAUAUAUAUAUAUACAGACAGAUACUUACCCCAGAACACACACUAACAUUUAAACUCCAAGCCUGAGGACUUUAACACAUCAUCAGGACUUUAAUGCCGAUUUGUGAGCAUUCCAAGAGGAGGUAUGGAAAAAGUAUGGGAGACACACUGAGGAAUGGAAGGGGACGACACAAAAAGACUAUGGACUCCUGAGAGUUGACUACAGACCUCUUGGUCGCCUAUUUUAAAUUAUCCAGAUGUGUUAGGUCAUAGGCAAUGCCAUUUAUUUCCACCUUGAUAUCUAUUAGAGUUGCCUUUUUAGUUUCCUUUUUUUUUUUUUUUUUUUUUUUUUUUUUUUCGUAAUAUAUAAUCUUUUUAACAGUUUCUUUUUAAAAAAAUGUGAUGACUUUUAACUGUAUCCAAUUCACAACCACCACCGUUAUGAGGCAUUUUUCAGAUGUUCGCAAACUCGCCUACAGAGGUCGACAUUUCAACUCAUUUUUCGUGUUGUCUGUCUUAAUUUUUUUCUCUGAUUGUGGACACGCUAAUCCACAACUUCUGCUAAUUGCUAAUCAUGAAUAAAAAAAAAAAAAACUAAGUGACCAAAAUAUAUUUAUUGAUACAAUUCUGUUAGGAUCAUAGUGGUAGAGAUUGCAAUAUCACACUCGUCUGUGGUUGGAGGAUUUGGAGGAUUCCUCUUCUUGUGCAAAGUCAAACUUAGUUGUUCAACAUUUUAUUUUUGUACAACAGAACUGCUUGUCUCACAUAUUGCUGUAUCCAUGUCAUGUGAAUGUUACAAAGCCGAGGCAUCGCAGACAGUGUGGGGGGGGGGG